UCUUCAUACACACACUACACAGUAUCACACACUUCCUUAAAAAACAACUCCCACCCAUUCUCUCUCUCUGUUCUUCUCACUCACUCACAGUUCCUCCAAAAUUGUCUCCUUCAUUGGCGUGGAAUUAGGCUUUCAUUACUGUCUCUUCUCUAAUAACCCCAUCACUUCCCACAACACCCAUCAAUCACUCUUGUACUACCAAACACAAACAGUGCUACUCAUUCUUUCUUUUCCUUUUUUUUUUAUAAAAUAAAUAAUCCACCAUCCACCAUCAAAAUCCCCUGUUUCCACCCAUCUUAUAUUCCCAUCAUCAAAUCAUUUCUCAAAUUCUCUCCUCCUCUGCUAUACACUUCAAAUUCUAUCUCUAAUUUUACUCCAUUUUUAUUUUCUAGAAUGAACUCCACAACCAGCAUCAGCUCCAGUAGUAGCAGAAGAAGAUCUCAUAACAAUUACAACUCUCCAUCUUUCUCUUCCUCGCUUCUAGAGGAAAUCUAUCGUUCUUUCGACGAAAAUGACAGAGAAGAUCGUCAUCAUCAUCAUAACCAUUCGCAUCGCGAUUACGACACCAACAACAACGACGAUAACAGUUACAGGAAGGUAAAGAUCAACAAGAGUAAUAGUUGUUACAUGGAGAGAGAAAUUGACGAAGAAAGACUACGCGGAGUUAACAGACUUGUUUUCGAUGAGUGGAUGGAAAACAAUAGCAAGAGAAUCAAUCUCCGUCGUAAUUCAAUGGCGGAGAUUAAUUCUGCUGCUAAAUUUAACUCCUCGUCGUCUACGAGUUCCUCCGAUUCCAGCUCUGGAAUCGGUGGAUUUUCUUCCUCCGACACUGAGUCGUUCUACGGAUCGUCCAAAUCGAAGACGACAAAGCCGAUUACGGCAUUGAAGCCCAUACGAACAAACCAAAACCAACCGGAAUUUCACCGGAAAAGCUACUCGGAUGAAAUUCCGGCGAAGAAGAAUAACAAGGAAGGUAAACUUCAAAAGAAAGCGCUGAAGAUUUACGGCGAUUUGAAGAAGGUAAAACAACCGAUUUCUCCUGGAGGAAAACUCGCGAGUUUCCUCAACUCGCUCUUUAACUCAAACUCGUCCAAAAAACCGAAGAUCUCAUCCUCCUACACUUCAUCCAAUGGCUUGAAAUGCUCCACGUCGACACCUUCUACAGCGUCAUCAUACUCAAGGUCGUGCCUUAGCAAAACUCCGUCUUCCGCCGGGAGGUUCGAGAGGCGGUCAGUGAGGUUUUGUCCUGUAAACACCGUCAUCGCCGCCGAGGACAAUGAGUACACCAAUAGACAUAAUAAGGAAACCAGUCAAAGAGAUAAAACGACAACGACAACGACAACGACAACGACGUCGCUAAAGGAGGAAUUGAAGGUUCAAAUAAUGGAGAAGCACAGGAGAGUAGAAGAGGUCGCUAAGGAGUUAUUGAAGAAUUAUCACCAUGGAAGGAAAUUUCAAAAUGACGGUAGUAAUAAUAAAAGUAAAACUCGUCGUUUCGACGAUGAAGAUGAGGAUGAUGAUGCUAGUUGUUGUAGCUCAGAUCUUUUCGAGCUAGAGAAUUUGCUAGAAGGUGGAGGUGAUCAUCGAAGGUACUGUGAGGAGUUGCCGGUGUAUGAAACUACUCAUGUUCAUACUAAUAGAGCUAUUGCUAAGGGGUUUAUUUUGUAAUUUUGGGGUUCAUUAAUUUUAUAAUAGUAUAUAUAAUUCUAUGUUUAUUUCUUACUA